AUGAAAAAACUAGACGGCCCUUAUGAUCUGGAGUCCCUAAUGGGAACAUUGGGUGACUUCGGAAAAUACCAAGCAUGGCAGUUCACCUUACAUAUUUUAUCUGCAUUGACAGCUGGUCUUAAUAUGUUAACAUUGGUCACAGUUGCAGCAGUUCCAGAACAUAGGUGUGAAAUUCCCGGUUACGACUUAAACCAAACAUAUACAAAAUUGAACUUCACAGAAAUGACUAAACAUUUUCCUUUGCUGGACUCAGGAAAAUUCGACAAAUGUUCUCUGAUUAAUAGCACCACAAAUUUACCGUACAAAUGUAGUUCUUUCGUCUACGAUCAUACAUAUUAUGGCACUUCAAGAGCCAUCGAAUGGGAGUUUAUCUGUGAUAGAAGGUGGAUGGGAGCGGUAGCUCAAUCUACUUACAUGAUAGGAGUAUUUACAGGUGCUGUGGUAUUAGGAAAGAUGGCAGACAAAUACGGUAGAAAGCCAAUUUUCUGUUGGUCUGCUAUAUUGCAAUUAAUAUUGGGUGUUAGUGUAGCCUUCAGCCCUGAAUACAUUUCCUUUUUAGUCAUUAGAUAUUUAUAUGGUAUAUUUGGAUCGGCUGGCGCUUAUAUACCAGGCUUUGUACUUACAAUGGAAUUAGUUGGUCCAAGCAAACGAUCAAUGUGUGGAGUUGCAUUUCAAGCAGUUUUUGCAGUCGGAAUUAUGUUAGUUGCCGGAUGGGGAGCUAUAAUAAAAGAUAGACAAAUUCUACAAAUAAUUUAUGGUUGCCACGCUUUACUUUUAGUUGGACAUAUCUGGCUUAUGGAUGAAUCACCAAGGUGGUUAUGGAGCAACGGAAGAAUUAGGGAAUCUGUCGAAAUCGUGAAGAAAGCACUAAAAAUGAACGGUUCACCAAUCAGUUUAGAUACAGCGGAAUUCGUUAGCAAGGGAAUGAGUGAAGUAAGAACCAGCGACGAAUCCGGAAGUAUCGGAGAUCUAUUCAGAACACCGAAUCUAAGAAAAAAGACAUUUAAUGUUCUACUAUGUUGGUUCGCUAAUAGUUUAGUCUACUAUGGAUUGUCUCUAACUACCAACUCUAUGGAAGGGAAUCCUUACAUUAAUAUGUUCAUUAUGGGACUUGUUGAAAUACCGAGUUAUAUACUGACUGUUUAUUUGAUGGAUAGGUUAGGAAGAAGAACUUUGACUGCGGUAGAAAUGAUCUUAGGAGCAAUUUGCUGUAUAAUAGCAGCUAACGUAACAGCUGGAGCCGUAUCCAUGACCUUUACGUUUACUGGAAAGUUCUUAAUUGCAAGUUCGUUCGCCAUAAUCUACAAUUUCUCAGCUGAACUGUUCCCGACUAUGGUAAGGAGCUUUGUUAUGGGCUUAGGUGCUAUGUGCGCCAGAGGCGCAGGUGCUGCAAUUCCACUACUCAGUUUGUUGGAUUCUUUCGAUCCCAAAAUACCUGCUAUGAUCUUUUCUGUGGUGUCGUUAAUAUCAGGAUUUUUGGUGAUGUUCCUUCCAGAAACGUUAAAUAAGCCUAUGCCACAAACAAUACAGGAGGGAGAAGAAUUCGGAGUUGGAGAUACUACCUUUUCGAGUCUAUGUGGCGAGAAACGUUCUCAAGAAAGGUCACUGGGCAAGCCUUCGAAGACUGAAGCGGAACAAAUGCAACCACUUCGAUGAAGUUGUUUUGUUAAUGGUGCUAAACGUUCAUUAUAAUAGUUAAAAUGUUCUAUAAACGAUUUUUUAAUACAAUUGUUAAGAAUUUCGUUGUUUGGACUUUUAAAAUCGAAAGACAAGAUAUUAUUUAAAUUGAAACAAUAAUAUUGUAUUAUAUGUUUAUUUUUUAUAGCUUAUUCAAUGUUUAAAAAAUCAAACUGGGUUCGCUUAAAGGUCUGCAACUAUUAGAUUUUUCACACGGUUUUCGUUAAUUCAAUUUGUUUUGUGUUAUUAUUAUAAACAAUAAUAAUAUACUUAAUUAACACUAGAAAAUAUGUAUCCAGAAUCGGAACAUCAAUUGGAUAAAUUAUUUAUUUAUCGCAGCUCUAAAUAUUUUUGGACAUAGCCUUCCCCUUUACCCCUCUAUUAUUCUUUAUCCAAUACUAAUGUCACAUUCCAUCAUUUGAGGGGUCCGGCAGUAAAAAAUGGUAAGGGACAAUAAAGAAGAUUUGAGUUUUGAAGUGUUGAAUUUAAAAAAAAAUAUUGUUAUAUUUUUUAUUAAAAAAUAUAAAACUAUGAAUAAUGCUAAAAUUAGCUGAUUAUGUUGUUAAUCAGGAGGCAAAAUAUGAAAUACCAAAUAUUUUUUUUACAAUGUUUAUUGAGGAAAAUAUGAAAAUAUGUACUACAACUUAACAUUAUUUACCUAAAAUAUUUGAAAAAUUUAACGUAACAUGUUAAGUGGUGUUGACUUAACAUAACAUAAUUUGGUAGGUACUAGGAGGUUAUUUUAAAUUUAUAUACCAUUCGUGAUAAACAGCUGGAAUCCAUUCCAAGAAUGAUUUUACAUCUUUCAGUUUUUCUGAAUGAAUACUAAGGGGAUGAUUAUAUUUUUGAGUAAGUGUAGGAAAUUUUUCUUCUGUAGCUGUUGGUCUUCCUCUUUUAUUCAAGGACAUGGAAUUAAAUAAUCCGUUGUAUGAUGCUGAAUAUUGUAUAUUUCUGGGAACUUCUGAAGAUAGACAUAAUUUCACACUACUUUGUAAAAUACCUACCGGUUGAUUAAAAUAGCUUUUCAGUACUGAACAAUCGUAUAUAUCCUCUUGCUGGACCCUAGUUACUAGAAAAGGUUUCUUUUUCUGACACUUCUUCAAAAUAUCUUCCCAGUGAUUGGGCGAAUAUACCAUUUCACAGUUUUUCUUGACAUAAUUUUCUACAACAGAAAAGUCUCUGUCGCUUGGCAACAUUGUAUGUCCUACCUGAGGAAAUAUAUGAACUAUUUCUUUAAAAUAGUCAUUUUGUAAAAGAUAUAGCCAAAGACCAAUGAUGGUCCAGUUUUUAUUUUGUCCGCAGCAAUUGUCUGAAAUAGCUAUUAGUUUUCUGCCAUGAAUAUUAUUUUUCUCAAAGUACAUUUUGAGACAGCUAGCUAUUUCGUCCGACCCUCUUUUAGCAGUGGAUUCAUCCCACAUAAAAAAGUGACCCUGACCAUCUCCAAGGGAAUGUAUGCUUAAAUUAUAGCACCAUAAUUUUCUCUUAUAGAACAUGGGACCAGUGGUAAGCUUUGGUGUGGGAAGGGUUUGCUGUAGAUCAAAACUAAUUGCAUGCACAUCUGGGUUUAAGUUUGCUUCCUCUACUGCGUCUCUGACUGCCUGUUGACCUGCUUCAGCUUUUCUGUGAUGUAAUUCUUGUUCAGUUUUAAUUUUUUUAACCUCAGUUUCAUCAUUGUGUAACUUAGCAUUUUCUAAAGCUACUGAAAACUUAUCGCAUGCUUGACAUGUAUCCAUUUUCGGAGUUUUGAAACUUAUAUUAUAUUCUUCAGUAAAUAUUCUUCUGAAUUUAUCUGCAGAAACUGGAGUUAUCUUUUUCAAAAUGCAUUCUCCUACAUAUUUCUCAUAACAAGUCUGAAUAGAAUAUUCCAUACUCAUAUAUUGUCUAGAACUGUCAGCACGGGUGUAAUGGCUUUUGUACUUAGGUAAGCUUUCAAUAAAAGAUUUCAGAAAAUCUAUAUCAGAAUUGGAAUAUUUUUUAGGAUGAUUUGAAUGUCGACCUCUUAGAUCUGAUUUUGGAGUAUUUGAUCCAGUUUUUAAUUGUUUUACUAGAUUUUCAACUCGACCUCGAUUUUUCUGUAAGCCAUGGAUACUUAGGAAAGCCAUUUUGCAUAUCUUAACAUCUUUCCCUUGUGAUUUUAAUUUAUAUUCAAUAGUUUGAGAUCUUUUUGACACUAGUGCUUUAGUUUUCUUCCUAGUCACAUUUUUAGAUCUCAUACAACCUUGUAAGUAAGCAUUUUGUGUAUCAAAACUGUUCAUGCCCCAAAAAUUAACAAAAAUUGUCUGUAGUUCUUCAUGAGAAGCAAAUAACUCAUAGCAUUUAUUGGGGCAACUACACGGUGGACCUUGUGUUUUUGAUAAAACAAUAUUUCCCUUACCUCUGUAUUGUUUAUAUUCUUUUCCGCGAUUUCUGAGCUCUUUUGUUUUUAAUUGCUUACUUAAAUUGCGUUUCCUUUUUCUAGAUUUUGUGUCUGAAACAGAAUAUUCUUUUUCUUGUUUACUGUGUUCAUUUAAUUCUCCUCUAUUUUCUUUUUCUUCCUCCUCUUCUUCUUCAGUACUGGACUCUGGGUAUGUGUGAGAAGAAAUUUCUUGAAGUCCAUGUUCUUUCAAAAGUUUUCUAAAACAUAAAUAAAAAUAAUAUUAAGUAUUAUAGUGCUGCAGAGAAUUCAUUUUCAUAUUUGCAAGUAAAAAAUGUUAAGUUUUUAUGCAAAGUGAAUGUGGAUGUAAACAAUGUUAAGUACAUCCUUUACCAUUUUUUACUUGCAAACAAUGAUUCUAAGAAUAUAAAUAAAUUACCUUCUUUGUAGAAAGUUAAUCGAGCUAGCUUCACUAAAUAUUUGAAAUUCAGGAUCUUUAUCUGAGUCGUAAUCAUCAUAGCUCUCAGAAUUGUCACUAUUAACAUCAAAAAAGUCAUUUAGAUUUGAACAACCUGCUUUGUAUUCCGCCAUCAUGGACACAUAACAUUAUUUUCAUGCUUAUGCAUGUCCCUUACCAAAUUUUAAGAAAUUAAUCUGACGCCACCUAUUAUUCGGAGGAUAAAAUAAGUCAAGUUUUCUGCGUUGCCAUGUCCCUUGCCAUCUUUUACAUAAUAUUUCGGGAAAAAUCAAAAUUUGUCCGUUACCAUUAUUUACUGCCGAGCCCCUCAUUUAAUCGUUUAAUAUGGGCUGAAAUAUGAAUAUAAGCAUACAACCACAAAUCCUAUGGCUACUUUUUAUAGAAAAUGACGUCAUCGAAAUAGUGAACAAAUUUGUUACCUGGGAACGCUUGUCAACACUGAAAAUAAUACUACCGCAAAUACAAACUGCAGGAUUUGCAUGGCCAACAGAUGCUAUUUUGGGCUCAAUCCUACAUAUAAUUCAAAGACAUGGUCUCUAACAAAUAGUAAUGAAAACACGUUUCGAAAGAAAAGUUCUAAGGCAAUUCUAUGGAGCGGUGAAUGAAAAUGAAGUGUGGAGAAAACGAUAGAACUGCGAACUUUAUAGAAUAUACCAGGAACCAGAUAUCGUAAAAAAUAUUAAGAUAGGACGUCUGAAUUUGAUAUGGCAUAUAAUGCAGAUGAAAUAAAAUGCCCCAGCUAGAAACACACUCCUUGAUAGACUCAUUGGUUAGAGAAGAAGAGGAAGACACAAAACAAGCUUCCUUUAUAACAUCGAUGAAGACAUGAGGAGUAUGGAAAACGUUCUUGGCGGAGGCGAUAAAUAGGGACAACUGGAGAGAAAUUCUUGAGGAGGAUAGGAAUAGGAGGAUAGGAAAGCCAGAAUGAUGAUAAUGGAAAUUCCCAUUGUUUAACAGAAAACCCCAGUACUUUCUGCUCGACCAAAAAAAAAAUGACCAAACUUAAGCACCCACAGAAGAAAAAGUUAAAAAAAAAGAUUAAAACAUUUAAAAACAGAAAGGCAGCAGGAGAAGAUGACAUACCAAUCGAAUUAAUAAAAUAUAGUCUAACAAAACAACAGGAAGAAAUAUACCUUUUCAUACAACAAAUAAGGAUACAAAAUAUGUUGCCAGAUGAAUUGGACACAGGAAUUUUAGUGUCAAUACAUAAAAAGUAAAUACGAGGUGCAAAUAUAACAAGGAAAGGACAAAGAAGAAUGAAAAUAAAUCCUAGACUUAAAAAUCAAUUUAACGGAUUGUCACAAAUAUAAAGUCACUCUGUCUAGAAUAUAUUAUAUUGAGAAGUUUACAUUCAGACAUGUUGAAAAAGACAACCAACUAGACUCCAUUAUGACUCAUAUGCAGAGAAGGACCUAGAAAAAGGUGGUUAGAAGACAUAAAACCAUAACUAUCAAGAAAUGCAAAUACAGACAAAAAGGAACAGCAACCAAAACUUACAACAAACUAUGAAGAACAAACAGGAAUAACACACUUAAAAAAUAUAAUUUUGAAACGUACAGGUGUUGAUGAUGAUGAUGUUCUGAAGAAGGUAAUAUAACAUUUAACGUAAUGUUUAGUGUUUUAACAAUUAUUUUUUCAAUAUAAAAGGAAUAAACUUACGAUUUAUUAAAUCCUGGAUUGGACCGUGUGAAGUUACCAUUACGAACUAUGACUCAAACUUUCACUACAUUUUAAGUACCGUGCUUUAGAUAUAGAUAGGAAAGAAUAGAAUAUUCAGGGUAAAUCAAGUAAUCAAUGUUACUUAAAUUAAUAUUAAACGUGGAUUCAUGCCCACUAGUUCAUGUUUCACCUUUGUAUACAAUGACUGUAUGCAAAGUUUUACUAUUUUUUUUUUAACAGUUUCUCCAAAGUUGAUUUUGGUUUGCAUCACUGUUUGUAAUUUUAUAAAUUAUUAGGAUGUGGUGAUUAAUUCGUAGAAAUUAUUCGGUCUGAAAGCCUUUUCUUAGAGUGCAUAGUCAUCGGUUCUUCUUCUUCUUAUGGUACCUAUCUGUUACGAAUGCUGGCUACUAGCAUGGCAAUUCUAACUUUAUUGACCGCAGCUUGAAAUAGUCCUGAAGUGGUCAAGGAAAACCAUUUUCGUAAGUUCUGGAGCCAAGUUCUUCUUCUUCUUCCUGGUUCUUCCACUUCCUCUUUCCGUAGACCUUUGCCUGUAAUAUAAGUUGCAACAGGUUAUAUCUAUGAUCGUUUCGCAUUAUAUGUCCAAGAUAUUCUAGCUUGCUAUAAAUUUCACAUAGGUAUGUUUUAUUUAUCCGACGCAGAACCUCAAUGUUUGUUAUUCGGUCCACCCAGGAGAUGGUUGGUUGGUUUUCUUUAAUUUUUUUUAUAUUACAGUAAACGAAUCGAUAUUAUUGAACAUUAAAUGAACAUAGAAGGUUUUUACUUCUAUAAUUAAAUAUUGAAUCUAUUUUUUGCAAUUGCAGCUAUUCUGAAAAGAAGCUAAACAUAUUUGAAUCUAAAAUUUAUAGGUAUUAAUUUUUAUUUGUUAAUGUAAUAAGCAUUUUUUGUGUCAAACCGAGAUAAAAACUAAAAUUAAUUUUAUGUUUAUUGUGUUUAUUUAGACUGUAAGCAUAUUGUGUUAUUUGUGUUUAUUAAUUUUUUUAACGUCUGAAAGUACAGUUGGCACCAAGUCUUCUUUAUCAUUUUCGUUAACUCAAAGGUUUAUUUCCGUACUAGUUAAAACAGAAUGGCUUAAUUGAAAGACUGGCGUUUUAAAGAACUAUUUUAUUUAUUGUCAUUAAUCCAAUUAAUUUUUCUCGAAGUUGAAGCCUAUAGGUUAAGAGGGUUGUUAUUUCUCUAACUUUAAGUAGUGAAUAUUUAAUGAAUAUAUGAAUAUAAUGAAUAGAUUAAUACAGUGAUUUUUAAAUAAUUUAUGAAUUUUUAAUUAUAAUAUGGUGCCUAUCUAUAUAGCUAUAUGUCUUUAUUAUACUAAUAUUUUAGAAAUUACCCGAAGACUCUGUACUGCCGUAGUAUUAGAUACCUAGAUUCCAUUUUGUAGAUGCCUUGUAAACAAAUGAUAUAUAUUUUUAUAUGUCAAUAUUAUAUAAUAAAUCAUUUAUUUUUGAAUA